UUUUUUUCGUCGAAAGGUUUAUUUUUUGUUUCGCCUGUCUUUAUCUAUUUCUCAACAUUCAGGAACUUCCUUUUCCGGUUAAUGGCCGUAUAGUCUAGCAGCCUAAGAACAAGGUUGGACCUCACAGACAGACCAUCAUCAUGCCUAUCAACGCCGUAGAAAAACCCGUUGAGGAGACAAAGCCUGCAGAGGACUCUGCAUCUUCAGAUUCAGACGAUGACGAUUCUCCUCCCGAGUUGGAGGACACUGACCCCGCUGCCCUCCAACAGCAGAGUCAGGUUGCUGCUGCUGCGGGCCUCCCAGAGGAGCUGGUCUCAAAAGCCAAACAGAGCAGGAGUGAGAAGAAAGCCAGAAAGGCCAUGUCCAAGCUUGGUCUGAAGCCCGUCCCAGGAGUCAUCCGGGUCACGAUCAGAAAGGCUAAAAAUAUCCUGUUUGUCAUCAGCCGGCCAGAUGUAUUCAAGAGCCCUGCGUCUGACACCUACAUUGUAUUUGGAGAGGCUAAGAUUGAAGAUCUGAACCAGCAAGCCCAGGUAGCAGCUGCCAACAAGUUCAAAACGUUUGACGGUGCCGGGGAGCAGGCCAGCACCAUCUCGCAACCCAUCCAGGAGGAAUCCGAAGAGGAGGAUGAGGAGAUUGACGAGACUGGAGUUGAACCUAAAGAUAUUGAGCUUGUCAUGUCCCAGGCUAACGUGUCCCGAGUCAAGGCUGUCAAAGCGCUCAAAGAUAACGGGAACGACAUCGUCAAUGCCAUUAUGGAGUUGACGAUGUAGCCUUCCCGCCUGCCUGCCUGUGAUGUGUUUUGCUGCGUGUGAUUGGUCUGCGUCUGAGGAGUGUGCCUGCUUGCUAUAUAUUACCCCCCACCCCAUUUCGUUAUCUUUAAUUAAUAAAAAAAAAAAAAGAAAAUCAAACUGUACAAAAA